GAACAAUAGACAAGAAAUUAAAUAAACAAUAGGCAAGACCACGAACAAGAAGGAAAAGGAUACUGAUUGGCUGGAUUUCUCGAUCAUCAUUGGCAAUAUCGAAGCUUCUGACACCCUCAAGCGUGCCUCAACUAUAUGUCUAUGCAAAUCGGUCGAAGUCUCAAAGCAUCUCUAGCACAAAUAUACAAGCACACGCAGGAUGAAAGGCAAAACACUAAUUAUUCCAUUGCCAGCAGUUAUGUUGAUGAUGGUGUUGCCGUUUCUAGGUUGUUUAUCAGAAGCCAAUCACUCCACAGCUAGCAUUAGAAAGUUGGCGCCGCUUCCAUCACCUGUUGUUUAUGAUCUCAGGGGCACUUCCUCAAUUGUUUUUCCGCUCACCGGGAAAAUUUAUCCUACAUGGGCCUACUUUGCGACCAUCAAUAUAGGUGAGCCAGCCAAGCUUUUCAGUCUUGUCGUUGAUACUGCUAGUUAUGUCACUUGGGUCAAAUGUGUUGGAUCUUGCAAGAAUUGCAGCCGGGGUCCAAGACCUUUGUAUAGGCCACCGAAUGGGAGCAUCGUGUCAUGUGAAGAUCCCUUAUGUGCUGCUGUCCAAGGAGAAGAACGCAAUUGUUCAAAUCCAAAUGACCGAUGCGAGUAUGUUUUGAACUAUGCCGAUGGAAGUUCAACUCAUGGUUAUCUAGUCAAAGACAAUUUUCAUCUACCACUUAUCAAUGGAUCCGUCAUUGUUUCUCCUUUGAUUUUUGGGUGUGGAUACAAGCAGAUUGGACAUUUUCCUAGGGAUGGAAUAAUUGGUUUAAGCAUGAAUCCCGCUAGCCUCUUAUCGCAAAUUCAUGGAAAAAGUCGAAUAAAACGAUUGAUUGGCCACUGUUUUAGUAGAAAAGGAGGUGGGAUUUUAUUUUUUGGGGACGAUCUUGUUCCUGUUUCAGGAAUUUCUUGGACGCCAAUCAUAGACAAUUACAAAAUGUAAGAUAGAUUAUAGACCCCAAUUAAGCUCUCUUUAUCA